AUUUCACUCGACUAAUGUUGAAUGAUCAAGACCAAGGCCUCCAGUGCUUGUCGUUCUUUAAAAUUUACAGCGAAGGUUGAUAACACAACACUACUUUUAUAAACAAUUAGUUUCUGUUAGUUCAUCAAUCAUUAGUUCAAAAUGACAACAACUAUAUAUAUCGUGUUGUGUUUAAGUUUUCUGAAUUUUGUUUUAUGUGAACAUGAUUCCAUAACCCCAAUUGUACUGUGGCACGGAAUGGGUGAAAGUAGCUGCUUUCCAUUUGUCACAGGAAUACUUAUCGAAAAUCUAAAUGCCUCUCUACCAGGGGCACACAUCGUUUCCAUUCGAAUUGGUAACAACAUCGAAGAAGAUGUGAAAAAUAGUUUCUUCAAACAUCCGGAUGAGCAAAUCCAAGAAGCUUGUGCUGCUAUUGCUGCUGAUCCUCUUCUUCAAAAUGGAUUCAACGCCAUUGGAUUAUCACAAGGUGCUCAAUUCAUGAGAGGAUUAGUGCAGAGAUGCCCACAAGCGAAAGUAAAAAAUCUUAUUUCAUUAGCAGGUCAACACCAAGGAGUUUACGGUAUUUUUCACUGUGGACCGCUUACGGAAAAAAUGUGUGAUUUCAUCAGAAGGUCAUUGAAUCAUGCUGCUUACAAACCCGAAAUUCAGAAAAUGAUAGUACAAGCUACAUUCUGGCAUGAUCCGCUCAACGAGCAAAUCUACAGAGAUCACAGUACUUUCCUGUCAGAUAUCAAUAAAAAAGUGUUGAAUACGGAAUAUAUUCACAAUCUUCAGGCAGUGGAAAACUUCGUCAUGGUAAAAUUUGAGAAUGAUAGCAUGAUUGUACCUCUAGAAACUGAAUGGNUGAAUCAUGAAACAUUGUCAAUCACCUUCAAACAACAUCGAACAUACUCAACUCAAGGUAACAACUUUGAGUUGACCUCAGAAGGUCAUUUGGAGAUAGCCGGGCGGUUUGACGAUCGCUUGGGAUUGCAGAAAAUGGAUAAACAGUCAAAGCUCCACUUUCUGUCAGUCGAAGGUGACCAUCUGAUGUUCGAGUGGACUUGGUUCGAAGAAAAUAUUCUGAAACCUUUUCUGAAGAGCUGAAACAGGAAAGAAUACAAAGUAUUCUUGAAGGAUCAUUCAAAAUGGUUCAAAGUUUAGCGAUACUUCAUUGCAUUCCAGAAAAUACAUCAAGAACAAAAUUAUUCUUCGAGUUGAACGAGUAUAAUAUUCAUAGGUGGAAGUGUUAGUUCAUCGCUUAUAGAUGAUAGAUAUAAAAUAAAAUUCAGUGACGAGUAGAAUCAUCAAAUAUGCAA